AGACAGUGGGCACACCACACCGACGAAAAUAUACUGCGACGUUAAAUAAUGGACAAAUGUCGGCCCCAGUGGGUCGGCACUCCAUGUGGCCAGCACGGGCCCAACACGUUUUAUAAAGGCUGUAAAUUUUAUAAAAACGGUAAAUGGAGAGUUUUGUCGAGGGGUGAAUUUUUCUUCUUGAAAACUUCCGAGACGGAGCCACUUUGCAUAGCUGAGUUGCAAUUACUGUGGCAAGAUGACAAGGCCGUGAGUGGCGGUUUGAUGCUAUCGAGUUCCAAAUUAUAUUUUCUUCCCGAAGACACUCCAGGGGGCCGAACAAUCCGCCAUGGCGAGAAUGAGCUGGUAUCAGUCAGUGGUAAAGCCAUUGUCCGAUUGGACGAUCUCAUCGACUGGGUUUGCACCGAUGUCAGGUGGACAAGGGGUUGUAAUGCAAUUUGCGAGAAAGACAUCAAGAGUGAUGCGCAAUCCACCGCAAAUGAUCAACAACAGAUGGCGCUCUUUGCACAGAACAGUGGGAUGAACAUCAGCGAUAUAAGCAAGGAGAAACAGAUUAUGGGUUACAAUGAUGACGAACAAGACAAAGUCAUGGUUCUAAAUUACGCCAACUACUGCCGGUUCUGUGCUGCAUUGAAGCGCGUUGAGCUUGUGCAGGAUUCAUGGGCCAGCAAUCCCUUCAUGAGAACGUUAGGCAUAUUCACCGUGCCGCAUCGGAACACCAGAAUCAUGUUUGUCAAGGAUGAGUUUGACCAUCCGACACUUGGGGAGAACGAAAAAUUGUGUGACCAUUUAGCUCCAAACAUGAAGGGUAGACCAAGGAAGAAGAAGCUGAGCGUGCGAAGUAACAGCAAUGAAGACUUGAUGGGUGACUCCAGCAAUGAUGGCACGGAACAUGCACAGGUCAAACAUGAGCUUCUUAGUACCCACCACCUUAACAAGCUGGAGCACAAGAAACUACAGGGCAAGUACCGCACCAAGAUAGUCAAUGGCAAAGUGAAAACAGAGAUCAAGCGCGUCCGUCCGAAAGACGAAGCGAGCUUCCUGGCUGGGUUGUUUAAGUUCAUGAAGGAUCGCAACAGCCCUAUUGAGAGAGUACCAAAUCUCGGCUUUAAGCAGAUCGAUCUGUUCUUGUUCUACUCCAUGGGUCAGAAGUUUGGUGGCUAUGAGGCCAUCACGGCCAGGAGGCUCUGGAAGAAACUUUACGAUGUCCUCGGUGGCAGUGUGGGAAGCACUAGUGCCGCAACUUGCACUAGGAGGCACUACGAGAGGCUGAUUCUACCAUACGAGCGAUACCUCCAUCAGGCAGACUUCAAGUCCCAUCACAUCAGCCAUCAAUCCAAAAGUAAAGACUCUUCCGAAGUCAAGUCAAGCAAAUCCCACCUUUCCGACAAGGAGCACCACUCCAGCAAACACAAGAAGAAGGACAAACAGGCGUCAGAAAGACCGAAAGGGAUGACCAAAGCAGCGGAGACGUGGAUACGGGAUCACCAGAAGAAAGUGGCUGCUGGUGUCUUCCAGCAGAAAAUUAUGAUGCCGUUGAUGUCUCAAAUUAAACAAUCGUUUGAAGUGGUGCCCACUACCCAUAGUGCCUCAAUGAUACCUGGAAUGACCCAUGGAAUCCAGCCACCACCACCACCUCCGCAAACAACAUCAAGCUCCUCACAGCUGCUGCCAGCUCCACUUUCCAAUGAGCUUGUUGUACCCAAGGAAGAACCCUCCUUGAUGCCUAAUUUGAAAAUAAAACUGAAGUUGAAGAAGUCAAAGCACAAAGACGGGAAACGGCCCAAGGCGCUCAGGGAGCAACUACAAGAGCUGGAGAAACAACGAGCAUUAAGAUACAUUGAGGAGAGAAGUCAGUCGAAUCCACCACCUGUUUCCAGAAAGAAGACGAGGUCAAUCGCUGACAUUCUAGACCACCAAGCUAAAAUGCAGGCCAAACAGCAAUCCAACCAUCCCAUCACAACGGCUGCUGAACAGACUGUACCAACUACGAGUAGCAGCACUCACGGAAACCUGGCUCCGUCAUCCUCUGCAAUGUCUGUACCCUACACUGGACAGUCCAUUUAUGUCAAUACAGAUUCUGGUAUGCCUCUGUUCCUGACGUUACCCCAGAUGCUGCCAGGAAACAACCAAGUCGUCACCACGAUGCCUAACCCAGUGAAGACCGAGGCAGAGGUUGCAAAGGGGGCUCAGUCCACAGGCCCGUAUCCCCUGAACUCUAACAUGGCGACGGUGGUCCAUGUCGGCCAGCCUUUACAAGUCAUGCAGAUGCCCACAAUGUCAUCAUCAUCAUCCCAAGUGAAAUGCCCCACUAUUUCAACCUCGAUACAGUGUCUACCGAGGAUGGAGUCGCUGGCUUCAACAGCCAGCAUGGCAAACACUAGCGCAGCAUAUUCCUAUGCAUACAACAUGGACAUUCCACAGAGUAUACCUACCUCCAUGACUGCAGGUAUGCAGCCUGUCAUGACGACGGCGCCUCAGUCACCUUGUAGCUCAGUGACUGGUAUGGAUUCUUCAUCCGGGAGGCCAUCAGUAAUCCAACACACUCAGCAAGUUCAGCCACAGACAUCAAGUCAAGCCUCGCCACCCUUUAGAAACGCUAUCCAGCCAAGUGACUUAAUCCUCAGAAACCUUUCCCAUGAGAAGGGAACGUCUGUCGCAACCUCCUCCUCGGCCCAUUCCACCGUUGUCGGUCAAAAACUCUCAGAUCUACCCAAAGAUGCAGUGGUGGUCACACCACGAAUGGUCAGCCCGUACAUGGCCUACAUUCCAAUGCCGUCAUCAAUGUCGUGCGGGGAAGGGUCAAAAACAGAUGCCAGCAAGGAUCAGUUAAAUAAGAGAAAACGAACAGAAUCAGGCAAGGAGAACUUGAGCAGACCGCUCAGCCCACACGGAUUCAGUGUGGAUAGAACUGGGAAGGUGACAUCCCUUCCCUUUGCACAUCCUGUCUUCCCUCCCCCAGUACCUGUGCAAGAAGAACCCUGUGAUCUCAGUAUGCCUAAGAGGAGACGCAGCCCGGAUGAUCCCAUUGGGUUUAGAAUUGAGGCUGGUCCUCACGUUAAGCACCGAUCCUCCUCGAAGAGACACGGUGAAUCAAGCAAAGAAAGAACUCGAAAGCACGAGGAGCCAGGCUCCAAGUACCACUUGUUAAAUCACAUGGAGGAAGCCUUCCCCUCAUUGGCUUCAUUACCAAAAGUGAAGAUGACUCCCAACCCACGAGGUUCCAUAAUGCAAGGAGUGAUCAAUCCAAGUACACUCAGCCCUUCUUCUAAACCCUCAGACCACAGGGACUCACCCUCAAGACAAAGUACAAGCUCUAACGAGACGGCCCCUUCGCCGCAUCCACCACCCUUCCCGUACUUCCCUCAUCCCGGUAUGCAAGGCAUGCCCUCUGACAAACAGCCAAAGAAUCAUUUUGUCUUUCCAGAGUUCAACCCCCACCACCUCUCCCAAAUGAUGGGGUACCCACCAAGACUCUUUCACCCUUCGUUCAUGCAAGGGCCGCUGCUAACCCGCCCUGAACUCCUCCCUACAAGCCUACCUCCAAGUAUGCAGCUGACCCCAGAGCAGAUGAUGAGGCGAGAGAUGUUCUUCCCUCCGCAUCUUCCAUUCCCAAUGAGACCAUCUUUUCUCAGCUCCCAACCUCUUAAUAUGAGAGAUGGCCAGCAGCCUUACAUGCAUCAAAGUUGAGACCUUCACGACAGAAAUGCCUCAAAGCUUUGUGAAUGUAACCGAUUGCAACAGCAGUUUUUAUCUGUUUCAGAUUUGCCUGAAACACCCUGUGCAAGUACUGUGUUUAAAGUUAAAGAAGGGAUGUACAUGUAGUGUGUACAUCUGGUCAAGAAUGUGUAAAACUAGUUUGAGAAAGUUUUUUUUCCAAACAGCAGAUAGUCCAGGCCGAUCUCAAGAACUUAUAUUCUAGAGUCUAUGGGUUGGCGCAGAUUUGUGCUUCACUGCGGCAGUGGCUAGUUGGCUUAAACAGCAAAGACUGAUGAAUAGACAUCUAGUCAUAGGCUCAUUCCUAAAAGUGUCAUCGUUGGGAGGGCAAGGCCUUUUUAUUUAGCCAAGGGCAGUUCCAAUGGAGAACAUUUUGAAGGAGCACCAAGGCCAAGACUCAGGGCAGUAGAGGCUGUGUAAUUCCAAGCCUGUAGUCUCAGUGAAAACUGUUCAUUUUCAAACAAGACUACAUUAUCAAGGUAAUUUUAAAUGCAUCUGGUGCUUAUAUUAUAGGAUGGCUUAAAUCAUUAAUAUGUCAAGUAUACAAUCAGCGAGCAAUGGUGUUAGCCGAGUUUGUCCAUGAUGUAAAAGAAAUGUCCCAAAACUACCAUCAGAAACAGAGAUUGUUGAUUUGACCAUAGAAAAAAUCAGUGUAGCGCCCCAGAGGUAAAUCAGAAUUAUUUAUAAGCCCUGAACAUUCCGUAGAGCAGGCCUCAAAGUAAUUUUAGGACAACUUUUUAAAAGAUUUUAAAAAAAAGUCGAGUAUAUAAACAAAUGCAUAUCAUAUCAUAGCUUGUAUUGAAAAGGGUAGAGCCAGAUGCUCCUGUUAACAACUAGUCUUGAUUGGGAAUGCUGUUUUUGUAUUAGUCAGUUGAGGGCACCACAUUGACUGCCUAGGAUAUGUGCGCAUUACAAGUCUUAUUAUUAUUAUUAUUAUAGGAGGCUGACUCAGAGAGACUUGUCAAGUCUAUGAAUCUGGAUCGAAAUUUGUGUGAUACAGAUAUCUCGAUACAGAUAUCAGAUCUCUUCUCCGGUAUAAGCACCCUGCACUAAUGACAUCACUUUUGUUAAAAUAGCCGGCUGUCAGACAAACAUGGCAAGCCACCUACGUGAUCACUGCGUCAUUGAUGCGCCAAACUGCACUAGUAUUGUAGUAAGUCGUGAGUAAACAUACAAUUUGAACGUACACGCAUUAUAUAGUUAAAUUGACACUUUUGUCUGAGAGUCGGGUAAUGAGCUUCUAUUUUUAGAAUUGGUGCGGAUUGCUAUAGGUUUGUCUUGCGAUAUCGGCAAUUACAUUAACAAAUUGAUCGUCACCAAUCAAGACUAUGUAUUUUAAUAGCAACAGUCCCCAUUUCCAGUUGCAAAAUUGUUUAUAUCUUCUUGUUACAGAGUGGUACACCGUUUCACAAUUACAAAGUCAGUAUUAUCAAAUGUGACCUGGGCCCAAUUUCAUAGCUCUGAAUUCUGCAUAAAUCAAGAGUUAUCGGACAAAUUUUAUACAACAGUGUGUGAGAUUCUUAAAAGCUUAAUCUGCGAUCAAUGGUUGCUAAGUUACAUCAAAAUGGAACUUUGGUUUCCACAUGGUGUCUUCAUUUUAAAUACUUCCAAACUAAAUCGCACUUUUCAUUUUGUAUGUUACAAAUUUUCAGACAAGAUAUUUUGAGAGGAAUGGUAAUUUUAACCAGAGAGAUCAUAAACAAUUUUUGUGAGAUUCCAAUAUUUUUUUUUACAAUGUUGAUCUCUUUCAAAACCUUCAAUAUUAUUUUUGUAUUUUGUUGGAAAUGUCAAAUUAUUAUUAUUUUGUUAGUCACAGAGUCGGUUAGGUCAGUUUAGUAGUGUAGAAAGUAAAAUGUUUGAUAAUAUAAAUAUAUAAAUGUGUUUGUAGAGUUUAUUAUUGGUUAUAAUCUUGGCCAGGUGCUUAGUGGUUGUGUAAUAUAUAUUUGUACAGGAUAUAAACUAAAUCUCAAUAUCUAUGCAAACAAAAAAUAGUUCUAGCUUUAUUUUGGUUUAUAACUUUGAUUAAAUGACCGUUGUUAAUAUCUAUAGUGUACAAGAAAAGAUGGUUUAUAAUGUUGAUCUACUGUUUAAUUUGUUGUGAAGUGUACAGGAAAGCAGUCCGAAAUGCACACUGUGAAGAUAACAUUUUGUCAAACCACAUGAUUUCACAAUCAUAUUUCUAUUUGAAGUCUCUCCUGCUGUUCAGUGGAAGUUGGAAAAGAUAGCACCUUUAACUUGUCCAGAUUUUUUUAUAAAUAAAGUGCACUUAUUCAAUUCCAGGUAUAUAUAAACUGUAACAAUGCAUUGGUUUUGUGUCCUUAAAGGUACUUGCUGGUCAUUUUUAAAAUAAUAGUUAUUAUUUGUAAGGCGCUUUACCAUGUUACCAAACCAUGUCUUCUUAGCCUUCGGCUCCAAGACACUAUCCGAGUGUUCAAGGUCUGUACUGGUGCUGAAAGUUUCAAAAUCAUUGAUGGGGCUUAUAUUCUGAAGCUUAAGCCAGAGCCAUGACAAGCCAUAGCAUGUCAGGGCCAAGCGGUUUAGUGCAUUGGAAUCAUGUUCUGGUUGCUGGGUCAUCAGGUUCGGGUUCGAAUCCCAGUCAAGACACUUGUGCCCUCGAGAGAGACACUUAACUCUAUUCUUCUCAUCACCUUGGAGUAAAUGGGCACCUGUGAGGGAUGAGAUUGUUCUUGUGAAUGAUUUAGUUUGGUGCGUUACAUAUUUUUGAGCACAGGCUUUAUACUCCCAAGGGAGUUGAGAUGGUUCAAGGAAUGAUAUGUAUUGCCCAGUGAACAGGGGAAAUAAUAUUCAAAGCCCACAGAUCAUUAUUUACAAUAUCGUUAUAUAAGAGUCUGUAUUAUGGUUAUAAAAAAGGGCCUAAGACUAAUGAUGAUGUUUUCUCAGUACCGAUACUAUUUAAUACUCUGAGUCAUGCAGCGACCUCUUUAAUUGACGUUGGUGACCUCUGUCAAACAUUGCACGUGUUAAUUUCCAUUGACAUAUAAAUUCAGUGUUCAAAAAUUCCAAUGGGUUGUAAUCAUGAGUUUGAUAAUUAGGUCGUUUCCUUUAGGUUUGAAAACGUCAGGCAUGUUACAGUAUGAGGUUUUGUUGCAGCUGUUGAAUGGUGAGGUGUUGAUAUUAUCUGCCUCAUCCAGAGCCAAUCAUUUUAUUUAAAUGAAACGAAAAGCAUUAAGUUAGCAUCAUUAGAUUGUCAUUUCCUUUUUAAAACUCCAAUUAUAUAUUUUGAUAAGUGAACCUAAAAUUAUGGAUAUUUUUCAAAUUGAAUUAUUCAUUCGUUUAGGUUUUCUACCAAAUAUCAAACUCUUUAUAGGAACAAUUUGUAUGAAUAAUAUCAAUAGAUUUUGAUUUUCUUUCAAGCUUCAACUAUAUUCCUUGGUAAAUGAACCUGACAUUUGGGAUGACCCUGGAAGUGAUUUUCAGACAGAAAUAAUUGUUUAUUAAAGUUUUUAUUCUGUGUUGUAUAUUGUAUUGUACUCUAUUUUAUUCCGAAACUUGAACAAACCCCAUAACCUUGGGGAGGGUAAAAUCUGUAUAAUAAUAAAUAAGAUAUGGUCGUAACAAACAUUUUAAAUAUGAAACUACCUUUAAAUUUAUGUGAACAAGUUCGUUUGGUGCUGGUUUAAAAUGUUGAAUUGCAGUUAUUUCAUACAAAUAAUGGGUUGCAAAGAUUGUCUGAGACUCUUGUGGCAUUUUUUUCCCAAAGAAAUUAUGCCGGAGAUUGUUUGUUUUAAAGAAACACAUCAUGAAACUGAUUUGUACAUUUCCUCUCUCUCAAGUUACUCUCUGACCAAACAUUUCAGUUAUCCUUUGACCAGAAGGUGGUUCUUUUUGUUAAAUUCCAACUCUUGUUGGUCUUUUGUUUGUUAAAUCAUCACUCGCACCUUCAAAAUCGGUAACAAUUCUGUUAAAUAAAAUAUAUUGUGGCAGUUUAUUUUUGAAAACGUAAGUUACACAAAACUUGUGUCAUGAUGAAUCAAAGGGUAGAAAUUUAUUCCUUAAUGUAUAUACACCUGUCCGUUAGAUACCACCAACUGGAACAAAAGACAUUCCAUACACUUUAAUUGUUUAUGUUAUUUUUUUGUUAGUGGAGACCUACUUGUUAUCAAAUUCAAAGCUUUACAAAACUUUCAUCUUCAAGUUUCCAAAGGACCAGGAUUGUACAAUACAAUGGUGAACACCUCUUAACUUGUGCAAAUAGUUCAAUCUGAAUCUCUGCGCUGCCAUCUCGAUUCACUACACUUACGUUGAAAAUGAAAAAUGUAUGCUAAACUGUACACAGAGCUAACCUAGUUUUAUCCGGUGCUUUUUUUUCUAUGCAAAACAGUAAGCAAUUAAAUGUAUAUUGUCCUAUAAUUAUUUGUAUCUGUCUUUGUUAUUGUCAAUUCACCGUAUGCUUUGCUGUCUAGCAAACAUUUACAAGGGUUACUGUCAACAAGCAAUGCACACAUUACACGGUUGGUGGUCUGGUUCUCUGCUUAGCACUGAGACUCAUUUUGUUGGGUUCUGGUAAGCAAGGACUUGUAUCACCAGGGGCCAAUUUCAUAGAGCUGCUUAGCAAAAAAUUUGCUUAAGCACGAAAAUAGCUUGCUUAUUUUACACAAGUUACUGGCCGAAAUUUCAUUCCAUGUACAUUGCUUUUGACUGGUAUUUAGCUGUUGUUUACUUAGCAUAACAAUUGAGUGGAGUCUUGGCCUGUAAUCUGAUUUUACUAAGCAAGGAUUUUUUUGCUUAAGCAAAUAUUUUUGCUUAAGCAGCUCUAUGAAAUUGGGCCCAGGGGGCACUGUUUUAGGUAAAGGGGGAACUUUUAGGAAUGAGAACUUUUUUACUGCAGUUCGUUUUGGAAUUGAUGAUGUAAAGCCAAAUUGUUUUCCACUGAGAGAUGUAACACAUUCCAUGCUAAACCCAGGCCCUUCUCGCCAAAAGAUUUAACUGGCUUUUAUUUGCUCACCAAAAAGAUCAGAAUAUGAGCUUUCAAAACGUAAAUAGGACUUUCGAUGUAAGCGUAUCUUAAUAUUGAAAUGUUUAAAACAUCACAUCAAAUAUCACAUACAAUUAAUAGCAUUUAACUCCAUAAAAACAUACUUGGAAGAAGCAAUAUCCUUGAAAGGAAUGUGGUUUAAGAGAGGGGGAUUCAAAACCAUUUCAGUCUGAGAAACAUUUCUGCAUGAAACAUUCUCAGAGUGUGCGUUCCAAUUACUUAUUAUUAUUCCUGCGUGGUCAUAAACAAUCCACAGAGUUUUGGGUGACAUCUCAAAAACACUACAAACUUUGGACUAAAAUUCUUACAUGUGAGUUUUAUUGUAUAUCUACAUUUAUAUAGUAUAAAAUAAUUAACUGGCAAGUAUACUUUGCCUUCAAAUACCAUGUCACUUAUUUGAGAACCGCCCGAUUUGGUGUUUGAUUGAGCGUACAUUUGUUGUUUAUCAUUCAAGUGUGAUAAUUAUUUUAUUUCUCUCUUAUGCUGUCUAGUUUGAGGUUUUUUGAUUUAUAACAUUUAAGUCUGUGUUUAAUUUAAAAUAUCCUCCCCCUGGAAUUCAAAAGGCUCAUCAGACAAUGUAUUUCAUUGUUAUUACUCUUACUAAAUAAAGAACUUGUACACAUAUAUAUUACAAUUUAUUAUUUUACAGAUUUGUAAGGAACUGUAAUACGACUCCAAUAUCUAUGAUUAUUAAACUAUUUCAACUGUUUAUGAAAUCAG